AUGCCAUGCGGCGUGAUCCCAUCGGCAGUAUCGUCAAAGGCAAGUAACUCUUCGAGUCGCAAGAAGAGUCACCUUGGAUCUGUAAACCGCUCGAUGAUAUCCUGGAUGCUGCGAGCAGCGGAAAAUAUGCCCGGGAAUCGUGGAAUCGCAUCAAAUAAUAACUUGAGCCGUGUACUGCGGAUUCUAUCGACCGAGAGUACUGCUGCCACCAAGGGGCCAAAGGAAGACAACGACGCCGUGCUUGACGACUCCCGCAUCGCAUUAGCUGCGAGAUGCGCACAGAAUGCACACGCUGCGACACUGGCAGGUCGACGCGAUUUGCAGCAAAUUUGGUCUUUGCUCGGGAUUUCCGCCGCACCCGAAGUGGAGCUGCCUAUUUACAAGAACAACAGCUCGUCGGCAUCGCUCUCUCUUCGAACAUCACAUCCUUGGAGUGCCCAUCCAUUUGGCAAACGUCUCGUGCAUAAAAUUCUUGACAUGUACGAACAGGCAGGAGAUGUCCAAGCCCUGGCAUCGAUCGUGUGCGCGCUGAAGCCAAACGAGCGCAAGACGCGGGACGAGAUUCGCAAAGUGGUCACUCCUUCGGUAAUUACGAUGGAAGAUCAGCUUCCGGUAGUACGUGAGGGUAGACGCUCAAGCAUUGAAGGAGAGGACAAUGGAGUGGGGGCUUGCAUGUCUGGACAUCCUGCAACCUCAACCAGCAGGUUGCGUCCAAGACGUUCGUCGUCGAAUAGCCUGUCGCAGACGGUAAUGAACAUGGCCGAUGCGAGCGAUGGACCCCCUGUUAUGAGAGGUACUCGCCGCUCCAGUAGCCAUAGUGAAGGUCGCGCACACGGACUUUCCGCCGACCAAGAUGCAGUGUUUCGUGGGUCAAAGGAUUGGCCGCUAGUAAGCAGUGGUAACAGCAGUGCCGCAUCCAGUCGACAGUCAAGCCCCAUUCGAGAACGUACAAUGAGCAGUUCUUUCGGACUGAAUGCGAUGAACCGUGAAGCCUUAAACAAGGCGUCAGCACCAACACUUCACACAGGUUGGAAGGUGGACUUUGACCGCAUGGAAAACCCGUUCAAGACAUGGGGCGGAAACUCCAACAAAGACGCACCCCCGCCUCGACUUACGGCUGAAACGUUUCAGUCGCCGAUUCGAGCCGUUAGUGGGAAAUCGCCAGCCCCUUCGCUGACGGUGACUGCUUCUCCGAGGGUGGGGCCCGUGACGUCUUCUCCUCGUCGUCCAGUGCUCGAUCCAAGCAAAAGAGAAGAAGAAUUGGACGCAAAUGACCGCGUGUUGCUACAGUUGAGCUGUCGCUCGAUGGAGGAGGAGAAGUGUCUGCUGUCGUUGCAUCCCGAUGACGAGAAGCGCUACGACAUUUACAAGGAGGCGUACGCUGAUGUACUCUACCGAUAUGGUGCCAUGAACUUGCGCAUCGAAGUGCUCAAGAAAAAGGCCCACAGUGUGCAAGACUCACGAGGCAUUGCCAUGGGGUUGAUCUGUGGCUCUUGCAAUGCGAAAACGAGCGAUCUCGUGUGCACGAGCUGUCGAGAGUUUGCAGUCCGGUGUUCCCUGUGCCAGCUCGUCGUUCGAGGUCAAGCGAUGUUUUGCAUGACGUGCGGCCACGGAGGCCACGCCGCGCACCUCCGCGAGUGGUUUGCGGUCGAAACGGCUUGUCCAACUGGCUGUGGCUGCUGGUGCAAGCAAGCGACUGCGACUAUGCCAGCGUACCAAGCAGAACAACAGACGUCGGAUCACGCAGUCGUGCUGUCGAGGUCGCACUCGUUCUAG